AAUCACUCAUAUACCAAUGGUUGUUGGCGGUCUCUGUGCAGUCGGUGAUUCAGUUUCCCAUAUUUACAUUUAAACAGUCAGUCUUCAUUUAGGUGCCAGGUGUUCCUAUCACCGCUGUGUCCACACCUUUCAACAAAAAAAUAGCCCAACCCAUGCAGCCGUAUCGCCCACUGGGUGAAACCCAACCGUCUCCACCCAACUUCACCAUCACUACAAAGUGCCACUUCGCCCAUUUUCAUUCUCUGCCUGCAAACCACACACCUGCUCACCUUUGGCCUCUACUUAAACUCAUUUACAUAUUCAGCUAAACUUCAAGCAUUGGUCUUUUUUUUCUUUCUGGUUAUACUGGACACAAACCACCCUGCACACAUACACACACACACACAUUGUGCCUCUUACAUUUCCUAGCUUCUGAAGGAGGAAACGACGAUGGCGCCUUCAAUUCUGCAGAAUGGUGGAUUCGUUUUGGGUUUGAUCGGUGCGGCAGCUCUCAUCGCAGCUACUGCAAUGAACAAAUGGAGUGUGAAGGACAGGCAGGGGGAUGUGGUGACAUCGGUUUACACCUACAAGGGUCUGUGGCAGGACUGUGAGACGGCUUCCUCAGGAUUCACAGAGUGUCGCCCACUCUAUGGCCUCCUGGGCUUCUCAGGUGCCUUCCAGGCUGUGCGAGCCCUGAUGAUAGUUGGCGUGGUACUGAGUGUCCUCGGGACGUUCAUAUCAGUUUUCUCCCUGAGCUGCCUCACAAUGAACAAGAUGGAAGAAACCUCAAAGGCCAAGAUGAGCCUCACCGCUGGCAUCAUGUUCAUCAUCGCUGGCGUGUGUGGCAUUGCAGGAGCUUCUAUCUACGCCAACCAGAUUGUGGCCAGUUUCAGGAUGGCCACCUACCCCAACUAUGGAGGAGGAAUGGGGAUGGGUGGAAUGGGUGGAGGAAUGGGCGGGAUGGGUGGAGGAAUGGGAGGAAUGGGAGGAAUGCCCACAUACACAUUCGGCCCUGCACUGUUUGUAGCCUGGAUAGGUGGGGGCAUCCUGGUUGUUGGAGGGAUCCUGAAGUCAAUGGCGUUCAGAGAAAUGGUGAAAGAUGAAAAACCGAGUUACCCAGGCGUUGUCUACAAACCUCAGUCCAACACCAGAUCCGACCUGAGCGAUCACCAUUCAGAGGGCGUCAAGAAAGAUCGCAAUUAUGUGUAACAGCUUAAGUGCUGGCAACUUGUGUUUGCUAAGGCGUGUGCUUUUAGGUUUCCGCAUGCAGCAUGCUUUGUGGGAGGUUUAUUUUUCCAUUUGCCCCAAAUACGCAUUCAAUAAUACUUAAUACUUAAUAAUACUCUUUACUAUCUGAUAAUGAGAGUAAAUCAUGUCUCUCAUUUUACCAGAAAGGAGCAAAAUAUUUAGUUUUCAUAUGCACAUCUCAGUGGUUACUAAAUAUUUAUAAAUGCUUAGAUGCUGU